AUGGCACGCUGCUCACCGAUCCUUUUCGUUCUCCUUGCUCUCAUUCCAUUGUACUGUGCAUUGGAUUGCAGAAAAUUCUCAUUUGCUCCGGCAUGCCGCGGCAUCAUGCUCAAAAGAUCGGGAGCUCACCAAAUCGUUGACACCGAGGCAAAGGAAAUGGAAAUGGCUGAGAAACUCAAGAAGGAGGAGAUUUUGAUGCGAAUUUGGAACGCGAUUCAAGAGGAAGGAGCUUCGAAGGAUGGAUGUGUCAACAUUCAUUGGUUGAAGGCAAAGCUUUUGGAACCCGAUUUCGAAUCUUUCUAA